AUGACGUCAGAGGCUGGUAACUGGCAAGUCAGCACUCUCCCCUUCUCUCUCUCUCUCUCUCUCUCUCUCUCUCUAUCCAUUUAUCUAUCUAUCUAUCUCUUUAUCUCUAGUGAAUUUUGCGAAAUCAACAACAUUUGUCAAGAGAAAAAUCCCUGUAAUGAGCAAAGCGUCUGUAUGAACACAGAAAAUGGCGGAUAUAAAUGUGUAUGCAAACCAUCAUUUAGUGGGACAAACUGCACAAUCAAAGCUUCUUGCAAUGAAGACAUCCAGAAAGAUGAUACGGGAAGAUAUGUCUGGCCAGCAACAUUUUAUGGCCGCACGGCUAUAAUACCAUGUAAAUAUGCAAAAAGUGCCGGAGAAAAUGCUUCACGACCGUGUAUCUUUAACACGACCCUCAAUCAAGCCCAGUGGGGAAGAAUGGACACCUCACAUUGUGAAAAGAUUGGUGAUGAGGAGGCGUCGAAGGCUAUGAAAAACCUCCGGUCACUGACAGAGCACCCACAGACGCUUACAGCUGAACAAGUAGCCAAUGUGACGGAAAAACUUGAAGAAAUUUUCUCCUACUCCUUGAAGAAGAGAGAGAUCGCUGAUAACAUGGUUCAAGUAAUUAGCAAUAUGUUGGAAGCAAACACUACUGUAAUGUCGACAAGUAAUAAAAUGAAUAAUACAAGUGAAAGGCUUAAGAGGCUCUUAGAGAAUUACUCAGCAAAUGUCUCCAUUUCUGGAAAUACUGUCAUUAAUCUGCAGAGUUCAAAUAUAAUUUUGAUGGUACAAGAAAUCUCUACAACAGAAAAAUUGGGAUCAACAUUGAAUCUCCACCCGAUCUUUGAGGACGACAAGGACAAGAAACUUGAAUUUGUCAUUCCCUGGGAUAGUAUAAAAGAAAAUCGUAGCAGAAAACCUCGCAAAACAGAUGACGGCUUAGAGGAACGCGUCCAGAUGAUAGCUUACAACAACGCCAAGUUUUACUUUAGCGAGAACCAAAGUGAAACGAAUAUUAAUCAACAAAGCGUCAUUUUUGUCAAAAUUAAAGGGAGAGAACUCAAGAAUCUGGCCGAUCCAGUAACGUACACCAUCUCCAAUCUUGAGUUAAACCAGAACCAUACAUGUGUCUAUUGGGAUACAAUAAGUAAAAAUUGGUCGACGGAAGGUAUUGUGACCAAAGUCAGCAGCUUUAAUGAAACAGUUUGCGAAUCGGAUCAUCUGACGAGCUUUUCUCUGCUUUUGGCUGUUUCUCCUGAGAAGCCACUACCUGUCAUUCACGAAAUGGUCCUCACCUACAUUUCUUAUAUUGGUUGUAGCAUCUCCAUAUUUGGAAUUGUACUCACUAUUAUUACUUACGGAUUAUUUGGAUGUCUCCACGGUGACCCUUCCGGGCGAAUCUUACUGAACCUGUGUUCGUCUUUGUUGUUUUUGAAUGUAAGCUUCCUCAUGGCCAGCCAAGUAAACACUCUGCAGAUAAAAUACAACGAGACGUCUGCCGAGACACUGUGCAUCAUUGUUGCAAUCCUCAUCCAUUAUUUCCUGCUGACCACAUUGGCUUGGAUGUGCGUAGAGGCCAUCAACAUGUACCAAAUGCUGGUCACUGUCUUCAACAUCUAUCACAGUCGUUUUAUGUUAAAGAGGGUUUUGGCUGCAUGGGGUAUACCUGCUCUUACAGUUGGCAUAACGUUAGGUAUCGACAUAAGGAACUACAAGACUGCUAUUGGAUAUUGUUUUCUCUCCUACGGAAACCGAACGGCUUUUUACGUGGCUCUUUUAACUCCUGCUUGCGUAAUACUCUUCAUCAACACAGUCGUCUUCGGGAUGGUCACCAAAGUCAUCAUGAAACCUAAAUUCAAGAAUAAACACCAGUGUUCUUCGGCCGUAUCCAGCGUCCAAGUUCGCGGCUGCUUCACAGUCAUGGUCUUACUCGGAGUCACCUGGCUUUUUGGGCCGCUGGCCAUCAACGAAAUGAAAAUCUUCUUCAAUUAUCUUUUCUGCAUUCUAAAUUCCCUUCAGGGUUUCUUUAUCUUCGUGUUCCGUUGCCUGCUCAAUCCAGAGGCCAAGAUGGCGUGGGUACAAUUGAUAAAGAUGGGCACGCUCAAGAAGAAGAAAGGGCCAAGGAAGUCUGUCGACAGUUCAUCGAACGGAAUGUACGGAGGUGGUGGCGGCGGCGGUGGGCAGCUUGGUCACCGCUGGAGCCAAAAAACCAUGACGGUUGAGAUCAGAGACAACACUAACCUUAAAAAGCUCUCCAAACCUAACGAUAAUGGUAUUUAUGAGAAGAACAUCUCAUACGAGAGUUGCCGAAAUAAAUGGGACCAAAGUAAUGGUAGUACAUACCAAUCAGACAAGCCUGUGGAAUUCACUCGACUUUGA